UGUGCCGGACCUUGGAUGGCCUUGUCUGACAGCAAUUGGUGCGUGUUGAAGUGGCGCGGGGCCGGGGCUUCGGACACCAGCGACUCUUUUCCCUUUACAGCGCGGGAGCUUUCUACCCCACCUUCCCCCCUCUCCUCCUCUUCCUCCUCUUGCUGCUCCCGGGGGGGCGAGCGGGGCUCAGGCGGCGCCGGCUCCUGCAGGACGCCCCAGCUGGACCCGGACGGGGCUGGGACACCGGCUCGAUCUUUGUUGCUCGGCUCUUACGCCCCACACCACUUCGGUCCCCCACACGUUCCCUCCGCACCCGGGGUCGGAGGCCAAGGGAGCGCCCUGACGGCCUGGGAGGACCUACUACUCUUCACUGACCUCGACCAGGCCGCGACCGCUAGCAAGCUGCUCUGGUCCAGCCGCGGUACUAAACUGAGUCCUUUCACAGCUGUGGAGCAGCCCGAGGAAAUGUACCAGACCCUCGCGGCCCUUUCCUCCCAGGGACCAGGGGCUUACGACGGCGCGGCUGGCGGCUUCGUGCACUCCGCAGCCGCGGCCGCAGCUGCUGCUGCAGCUGCAGCCAGUUCUCCGGUGUACGUGCCCACGACCCGUGUGAGCUCCAUGCUUCCCGGCUUGCCUUACUUACAAGGCGCUGCCAGCGGGCCUCCAAAUCACCCUGGCGGCGGGCACCCCGGCUGGCCCCAGCCGUCAGCCGACAGCCCCCAGUAUGGCAGCGGAGGAGGAGGCAGCAGUGGCGGAGGCAAUGCGGCAACUGGGGCUUCCCAUACCUCUGCCCGCUUUCCUUACUCGACUAGUCCUCCUAUGCCCAACGGCGCGCCCCGGGAAUCCGGCGGCUACGGGGCAGGCGGGAGCAAUGCAGGGAGCAGCAGCGGCAGCGGAGGAAGCAGCGGCAGCCUUGGGGCCAUGGGCAGCCGUGAGCACCAGUACAGCCCUCUGGCCGGGCGGUCCCUGAAUGGAUCUUACCACCAUCACCACCACCAUCAUCACCACCCCGGUCCCUACCCGCCCUAUGUGGGAGCCCCGCUGACGCCGGCCUGGCCAACCGGUCCCUUCGAGAACUCCGUCCUGCACAGUCUUCAGGGCCGAUCUGGUCCCCCACUCACGGUGCCCCGGGGCCCAAGUGCAGAACUGCUGGAUGAUCUGUCGGAGAGUCGAGAGUGUGUGAACUGUGGCUCUAUCCAGACACCCCUGUGGAGAAGGGAUGGGACAGGCCACUACCUAUGCAAUGCCUGCGGGCUGUACAGCAAAAUGAAUGGGCUGAGUCGACCCCUCAUCAAACCCCAGAAAAGAGUGCCUUCAACACGGCGGCUUGGAUUAUCCUGUGCCAACUGUCACACCACAACCACCACCCUGUGGCGUAGAAAUGCAGAGGGUGAACCUGUAUGCAAUGCAUGUGGACUCUACAUGAAACUUCAUGGGGUCCCCAGGCCACUUGCUAUGAAGAAGGAAGGAAUUCAAACCAGGAAGCGAAAACCAAAGAACAUAAAUAAAUCAAAGGCAUGCUCUGGUAAUAGUAGCAAUGCAGUUCCUAUGACUCCAACUUCCACAUCUUCUAACUCCGAUGAUUGCAGCAAAAAUUCUUCCCCUACCACACACACCACAGCCUCAGGGGGCACUCUCACGGUCUCUCUGAAGAACUUGAGUGUUAAUUUUAAGACACGGGAGACACUGGCAUAG